CCUCAACCUGCACCGUCCCGUUUCUCUGGGUGCUGCACGAGGCUGGGCAUGAUGAACAACGGACGCCAGUCUCGCUCCAAGUGGGCCGUGUACCUCGCGGUCCCACUGCUGGUGGCUACGGUUGUGGCGAUGGUGGCGCUCUCGCACACCCGCUCAUCGCUUCGUGUGGAGCCGGCAUCGGCAGACGAGGCCAAGACACAGACUGCUGCGCCCGUCUCGCUCUCCCACGCCACCGCCGAGCUGCGCAGCUGGAUGGAGGCGCAUGCUCGUGGCGAGGCGUCGGAGGCCGACGGCGUGGCGCUCGCGGCGCAGCGCGCGGCUCUGCUUGCCGAUGCGGCGCUGUCGGACCCGGCGGCUGUCGCCAGCCAUGCUCUGUACCCGGCCGCGCUGGCAGGCCUUCCGCCUGCCGUUGCGGCCCAUGCCGAGACGUGGGUGACCGGCGAGGCCACCAUCGAGAUGCUUUGCCCUUUCCCCAAGCCGGUCGACCUCACCGCGGAAAAGGCGACCUACGUGCAGGAAGUCGCUGCUGACCCGACAAACUUGCGGUCGUUUGACCGGCUCGACGAGCGUGCCCAGGCCCAGUUUGAGGCUCGCGAGUCGAAGCGGCUGGUCAAACUUGGCGCGCGAAAGACUGCGGCGCGCGCCGUCGCCACCAGCGACGACCACGAUCAUGACCACGACCACGACCACGACCACGAUGACCACGAUCACGAGUACGACUACGUUGUGGUGUACAAGACUGGAACACAUGCGACCACCAAGUUCCAGGCCUCGGUCUAUGGCGUGCGCGACCAGCGGGCGGCGCGCGAGGCGGUUCCUGUCACGGGCGUGCUCGUCGGCUCGCGGCUGGCGGUGCUCGAGUCGCCGAUGGUGACGAUGUCUGCGGCUGACGGCCAAGUGCUACUGGAAAGCCACGGGCGAGCGCUCGAGGCGGCGACGCCUGCCGCAGCGGCGGGCAGCGCGAGCCACGUCGGCGUGCACGGCUCGCGGCUGGUCCACUUUGCCAACGAGGCCGAGGCUGUGGCUGCGGCCGAGUCUGCGCAUGCGGCCAACGAGGCCGAGUUUGAGGCCAAGUUUACCUCGUACACGCCGACGGGCGACAUCCGGACCAUCGUCUUUCUGGUGCAGUUCUCGGACGAGGCUGCACCGGCGACGACCGAGACCAACUACGCGCAGACCAUGACAACGGUCAACACGUACUGGAACAUCAACUCGUAUGGACUCUCGCAGUACACGCCGAUCGAGUACGAGAUCAUCACGCUCUCCAACUCGAAGAGCUCGUACUCGUCGGGAGGCUCGACGUGCCCGAUCGACUUUGGCAAGUCGUCGCUCCUCGACGACGAUGUGUGGGCGGCUUCGAGCAACCUCGAAGGCGACUACCAGCGGUACCUCAUUCUCUUCACUGAGUUUACUGCUUGUCCGUGGGCCGGCCUCGGCUCGAUCGCUGCGUCAGGCACGUGGAUCAACGGCCUGUUUGACGCCACGGCGCACUGGCACAUUGCCGCGCACGAGCUUGGCCACAACUAUGCGUUCCGGCACGCCAACGCGUGGUACGGCGGCGGCACGUCGCCGGUCGGCUCGAGCGGACAGACGCUGCCGUACGGCGACGACUUUGACAUUAUGGGUGCCGUCACCAUCGACACUGACCGCUCCUCGUUCCAUGUGAAUACUCACAAGAAGCAUGGUGUCGGAUGGAUCUCCGACUCGGACCGCCAGACGGCCUCGGCCUCGGGUCAGUACCGCAUUUUCUCGCACGACGCCAUCGACUCGAACUCAGGCGUCCGCGCUGUCCGCAUCCGUCGCGGCUCGGGCUCGUCGACCUGGUACUGGCUCGAGUACCGCCAGAACAUUGCCUACGCACCGGCGACGCCGUACUUUUCCAACGGCAUCAACGUCCACUGGGCGUACGAGCUCUCGUCGUUUGAGACCGAGACCGACCUCCUUGAUCUCACCCCGGCGUUCAUGACCGAGAACCUGUACGACGACCUGCUCGUCAACUCGCCGCUGCAGAUCGGGCGGACGUUCUCGGACCCGGACGAGCAGAUCCACUUUACGCCCAUCGGCACGUCGUCGCUCGGCGGGCGCGGCUACAUUGACGUCUUUGUCAGCUUUGAGGCCGCCAACUCGGCGCCAGUCAUCAACUCGGUAACCGCGUCGUGCACCCAGCCCGAGGUCGAGGAGGCCGUCCUGCUGGUGGUCGACGUGACCGACCCUGACGGUGACUUGCUCGCUUACUCGUGGGACUUUGGCGACGGCUCGCUCUCGUCGGUCAACUCGAUUGCGGUCUCGCACGGGUGGGCCACGGCCGGCGCCAAGGAGGUUACCGUCACUGUCUCGGACAUGCGCGGCUCGGUGACAACCGCCUCGGUCUCGCCUCAAGUUGUCGUUGCCGCCACCGGCCAGGGCGUCUGCCCCCCGUGUCCCAACGCGUGCAACGGGCACGGAAUCUGCUCCGGCGGAGUCUGCGCCUGCUCGCCGGGCUACACCGGUGCCGACUGCUCGCAGGCCAUCGGAGUCACACAGCUGGUUCCCAACUUUGGGCCCAUCGGCGGCGGCAACGUCGUCACCGUCCACGGCUUUGGCUUUAACGGCACCUCGUUUAUCUGCAACUUUAAGGGCAUCGGCCUGCGGCCGGCGAACCGAGUCGACGAGACAACGGUGACCUGCACGGCGCCACCGGCGCUGUCCAAGUCGACUGUCGAGCUCGAGGUCUCGCCCAACUCGGGCUUGCACUACACUGGCUCGCGGAUCGGCUACACCUUUGGCGGCGGCUCGUGCCCGAACAACUGCACCCAGCAAGGCUCGUGCGACAUCGGCCCGGGCGUGUGUACCUGCUACGCCGGCUUCACCGGCCUUGACUGCUCGACGGCCAUCUCGGCGAGCACGCUUGUGCCGGCUGACCAGGGCCCCAAGUCGGGCGGCCUGCCGGUGACGGUCACCGUCUCGCCGGCGUCGGGCGUUUUUGACGCCACCGGCGCCACGCCCAUGUGCCGCUUCGGCCUGACCAAGCCUGUUCCGGCCACCAUGGUCGGCCCACAGCUGACGUGCACCACCCCGCCAUAUGGCGCCGGCGGCGUCACCGUCCCGCUCCAGGUCUCGCCCAACGGAGUCGACUUUACCAACUCGAGCCUCACCUUUACCUACCGCACCGCGGUGGAUCUGGUGGAGAACGUGGCGUCGACGCCCAAGUCGAUUGUCUCGGGUGAGUACGCCUUUUACCGCUACUGGCUCGGCGAUGUCACCGGGCUCACGGUCGAUGUGACUCUUGCGGCGUCGACCGGCGCGCCGGAACUCUUUGCCCGCUCUAACAUCGUGCCCAUCAAGGGCGUUGUCGGCUCAUUCUCCCUCGCGGCGCCCGGUACGCUCACCCUCGGCGCAACCGACCUCACGGCCGGCUUCCUCUACAUCUCCGUCCUCACCACCGGCGCAGCGUCGGACUUUACGGUCACACUCGCCAUCACUGGAACCCACACAGUGGCGGUCAACGCCGGCAACCCGUUGCGCGCGCUCGCAUCGGCCGGAACGAUCAACUACUACGCGGUGAGCCACGACGGGACGACGAACGCGGUGGUGGUCACCGCCGACGUCAUCGGAACCGGCACCCCGCCGACCCUGUACCUCUCCGGCACCGAGACGGCGCCGACUGCCACGACGGCGUCGUCGUCGGGCACCACCGUGGUCAUCCAGGCUUGUGAGCCUGCAGGCCCGGACCGAGGCGCCCCCGUCCCGGGCACGCUCCCCGGCGAGCUGCCGGGCAAGAUCAUCUCUGCGCUCCGCGAAGAGUCGUCGGUCAAUGUCACCUUUGCGCUCGCGGGCUCUGCCAAUGACUACGACUUUGACCUCCGGUACGAUGUGUUCUUCCGGCGCAACCAGGCCGAUGUGGCGUUUGAGACGCCGUGCGACGUCAAGGUGAGCGGGACGGUGUUCCGGCAGAACCUGGCCUAUGGUGCGUUCUCGGACCCGCUGCUCCAGGUCUACCCGCUCGACGCGUCCACCAACUAUCAGGUCGCCGUCAUCGUCAAGUCGACGACGGGCGUCGAGGCCAUGUACCUCCCUGCGCUGCAGAAGACCAAGCCGCCGCCGAUCCCCAAAGCCCUGCUCUACGGACUCAUGGCCGGUUCGGUCGGCAUGGCCCUCAUCGGCGGCUGCGUCGUCGGCUUCUUCAAGCUCCGCAAGCGCAAGCGCAAGAAGCGUAAGCACCGCAGCCACGCCCGCCGUCGGCGCAAGACCCGCCGCGGCCGCUCACACGCAGGCGGUGCCGCUCCGGGCCGCGGCCCCCGCCACGCUGAGGCCCGCCAGGACCGCUCCAAGCCGGCCCGCCGCACGGCCGCCUCGGGCGGCGGCUCUCGGGCCACCGGCGGCGUCGCAGGCCCGCCACCCGGCACGGCCGGCGCACGCUCAGGCGCACGCUCCGGCCGCACCCGGCCCACCACCGCGCCGUCGCGCCAGCGCCAGCGCGCCAUCGCCCGCGGCGACUUUGUGCCGCAGUACGAGAACGAGCUUGGCUUCCGCAAGGGCCAGAAGCUCUACAUCCUGCAGAGGAUGGAUGCCGGCUGGUACAAGGCUGAGCUCGGCGGCAAGGUUGGCCUUGUCCCGGCCUCGUACGUCAAGCUUGUGCAGUAG